AGGAGAGGCGUCUGCUGGAGGAGAAGCACCGGGACGAGCUGGAGGCGCAGCGGCUGGAGCUGCUGCAGCAGGCCCAGGCCCAACUGCAGGAGAGGCCCGCCAGCGCCAGCUGCAGGAGCAGGAACGCCUCCUGGACCAGGACCGGGAUGCACACCGCCGGAAGCUGCGCGAGGAGCUGGAUCGGUUCGGGGCGGACGUGCUGGCGGAGCGGUCGCGCUGCGCCGCGGACGUUUUGGCCGAGCAGCGGAGGCGCGAGCAGGAGCCUCCAGCAGUGCGCCGAGGCGUGCGACGCGCGGCUCCAGAAGGCGCUGGCCGCGGAGCGCGCGAGAGCCCAGGCCGCGGACGAGGAGCGGCAGGCGGCCGCCGCCGCGGCCGAUGAGCGGCACCGCGCUGAGGCGCACGCUCGCGCCACGGUGGCGCAGCUGCAGGAGCGUUUCCGCGCGCAGCAGCUGCAGCUCGAGGAGGACGACGGGCGGGAGCGGGCCAGGGCGGAGCUCGAGCAGCGGGAGGCCGCCCUCCGCGAGGAGAGCUGACCGCGGAGCGCGACCAGCAGCUCGACGAGCUGAUGGAGCGCCUGAGCCGGGAGCACGUGGAGCAGCAGCGGGCGCUGAAGGACAGACGAGGUCGCCGCCGCCGCGGAGCGCGCCCGCUCCGACGCGGGCGAGGAGGCGCGGCGCCUCGGCGCGGAGCUGGCGGAGGCCCACGCGCGCGGAGCCGCACUCGAGGCCCAGCAGCGGCUCCUCGAGGAGACCGCCCAGAGCCUCCGGGACAGGCGCGAGGCCGACGUGGCACGCCUACAUGAUCUGGGGGAGCGGGUC